UCAAGUCUUCCAUCCAUCAUGUUGGCGCACCGACUGGUAGUCGGCAGCCGGCGGUACUUUGCAUCGGCAACAGCUUCAACCCAUGUGCAUGCUCCAUUGAGCCCCGAGAUCCAAGCCUUGCUGGAGACGUUCCGGUCAAACCCAAGGGAUGCAACGACCAAACUGCUUCAAGAGCCGGCCGACAGCUUGCCUGAACCAGCAGCGCUGGAGCACGUCGUGACGCAAUUGUUCCGAGGCAAGCACACAAAGGAAGCUCUCGACAUUCUCCAAAUGUCGUUGGACCGAUCGGUUGGAGUUGACUUCAGCAUUGCAAUCCGCAAGUCGGGCGCCCUGGACCGCCAAGAUUCGAAAGCCGUGUUGGCAUGGCUCCACGAGAAUGUCGACAAGAUCGAUACGAACCAACACGUGUCCAUGAUCCGCGUCUGCCUACGACUCAAGCACUUCUCCAGCGCUGUUCAUCUCUUUGAGCUGAUCCGUCAUCGCUCCUUCAAUGGACGGGACCUCUCCAAAGACGUCAUGCAUCUCUUGGCAGCCGCGGAAGCCAUACCGAAUGGUCGUUUGCGCUAUGACCUCCAGACGAAGAUCCUUCGAUUCCAUACCCAUCCGAACGAUAUCUCCGCCAUUGACCUCAUCGUCGAGAUGUGCCAGCGUCAGCCGGACGCUGCGAGUCACUGUAUACAAUGGGCUAUUGGUGCCAUUUACUGGCGGUCGAACGAUGACUGGCCGAUCCGUGUGGCGCAAAUCGAAUCGAUUUUCGCCACCGCGUUAGCCCGCGGCGUGGUGCUCGUGAGUCCCAUGCGUUUCUCGAUGAUUUUUGCCAAGUGCCGUGACCACGACCUUGACCCCGAAAGGCUCGUGCACGUCUUCCUCGCCAUGGUCGGCCAAAACCUCGUCGUUGCGAACGAGUCAUCGUGCAUGGCUGCUAUCCAUGCGUGCCAGAACUUUCACAAUUACGCUCUGGCGCUGACCCUGUUCAAGUACCUCAAGGACCAGCUCCACCAGCCCAUGACAAGCCGCCUGUACAACACUGGUUUGUACUCUGCUGCAAAGUCGGGCAACGAAGCGACUGCGGCAAAUUUGGCAGCCGAGAUGCUUGCGGCCAACGUAAAGCCAGACAAGCGAUCGCUGGUGGUGGUGCAGUCGCUCGCGGCAUCGCCGACGUCGAUGGGACUGCUUACAAAGUGCCCGCAGCUCGUGGAAUUCUUGGCCAUUUCAAACUCUUCCAUCAGGGCAGAGUCCACAGCUUCUCCCCGUCAACAUCCCCCGCUUCGGAAGCAGCCCUCGAGCAGCACCACUGUCAAAACCGAUGCAGCUCCCCAGACUACUCCUCCUGUCCCUGCUGAAGACAGCAAGUCAUGCACCGUCAUGUAGUGCAAAGGACAAGUGAUGGGGUGAUCUGCACACCAAAAUAGACAAUACGUAGAAAGUCGCCAUCCCCGAGAUAGAUGUGGCAGCGUCUACGGGCCUUGUGCAAAUCAUGGGUGCAUGGAUUCCAUUGUCGAUGCCGCCGACGUUGCGUUCACGCUUGAUCUUGUCGAUAUCGGAUCCUGCCCCUGGAAUGCUAUCCAAAGUGUUGUACGAUGCACAUG